CUCUCUCUCUCUCUCUCUCUCUCUCUCCAUGUAGCCGCCACAUACGUCCAACCCAAUCUCAUGCCCAUCAAAUCAUACAGAACUCGGCACUAGCAAUCUUGGGACUCAGGAGAACCGAAGAGAAGCUGAGGAUAGAGAAGUGGAGAAGAGGAAGAGAGGAGAGAAAGUAAGAAUCUUGCGCUCACCUUUCUUCCAAGACGAAGGCAAAAACUACUACAUUUCCUUCCUGCCCUUUGUCUCUCUCUCUUCCAUCCCCCAAAAUGGGCAAGGCAUUUAGAGACCGAGCUUCGUUCUUUAAGGUCAUGAUGGGAGAUUUCAAAACGAGCCUGCGGAUUCCGACACCGUUUAAGAAGCGUUUGAGAGGAAAACUUCGCUCCAAGUCCGUCCUCCGAAGCGCCCGUGGCGGGAUCUGGCACGUCGCCAUGAGAGGCAGCGACCGAGACGGCUGGUUCUUCCAACGAGGCUGGGAAGCCUUCGUCGCCGACCACGCCGUUGCCGUCGGCGACUUCCUCGUCUUCGUCUUCGACGGCGACAUCGGGUUCGACGUUAAGAUCUACGGCAAGAACGGGUGCGAGAAGGAGGCGGUGGUUUCCCCCAAGAAGGAUCCGAGCGAGACCCUCGUCCAAUGCCUCCCUGCGAAUCCGAACCGCCCUUCCACGGCUACUGCGGAGAGAAGGAAGCAAUUUAUUUUCGGGAAAACGAGCAGUGGAACUUUCCAGGCAACAAGAAGGCCGUCGAUUAAGGUGGAAAGAGAGAGUGUUUUGGAGGCCGCAUCCUCCACCAAGUUUAUCUAUCCACAUUUUAUAGCUACUUGCAGGAAGUCUCGAAGAAGUUAUAUGACAAUUCCUAUGGCAUUGGUCAGAGAAUUUGGCCUUACUGGAAAACAGUUAGUGAUCCUUAGAGAUCCUGUGGGAAGCUCAUGGCCUGUGAGGAUAGCUUCUUGGAGGAGUGGUCGAAUGGUCUUUGCAACUGGGUGGUCUGAUUUUUACAAAGGAAACUGCUUAGAAGAUGGUGAUGUUUGUGUCUUUGAGUUUGUUCAAAAUGCCAGCCUAAUACAUGUGCACAUUUUCCGAGCAAAGGAAGUUGCUGCAGAAAUGGAUCAAAAACCUGGUGAAUGUCUUCUAUUGGAUAAAAAACGAAUGUCUGAUGAUGACAAAAGAAAUGUUGUCCAAAUAACAAGUUCCUUCAAGUCAGGGCAUUCAAAUUUCAUUGCUUGUUGGAGAAAGUCUCGUUCACAUUUCAUGACAGUUCCAAGUUAUCUUGCGCGGGAGCAUAAACUGAAGAUGAAGAAGCAGACAAUCCUUCAUGAUCCCUGCGGGAAGUCAUGGCAGGUUAAAAUCCGUGAGCGGGCAGAUGGCCGUGUGGUCCUGGCAACUGGGUGGCAUGAGUUCUCAAAAGGUAAUCACUUGAAAGAGGGUGACACAUGCGUGUUUGAGUUCAUCCGAGGUGGCAAUGCAAUACAAGUACAUAUUUACAGGAAGGAUGAGUCUAAUACCACUGCUGGUAAUGGUCUGAAGGAAGAAAUCAAUGAUCAAAAACAAACCCUCAAUUGUUCUCUAACACUAUUAUCUUAAUGGUUUUGUGGGAGGAACUGAAGGUUUUGCUUUGGUGCACCGCCAUUUUGCUGUCACAUACCUGUAAAUGAGAGAUCUUUUUUGACUUUAUGCUAUAUGAGCUAGGUGUGAUCCUGAAAAUGUAAGCACUUGAUAGUGUAAAUAGAGUUAGUUCUUGGUAACCUGCU